UUCCGUCUCUAGUGUGGGUGCGUUAGUAAUAGUUUAUCCAGAAUAUGAAUUAAGCAGAAUUAGCCCGGAACGCCGACGCCCACAAAUUCCCACAAAUCGUCGUCCUUUCAGCGCUGCAAGAGUAACCCGGAAACUGGAAGCUGGAAAGUUCGAAACCGCCGACAAACCCAAGAUAAAUUCAACAGUCAGCCAGACCUCCGCUCCUGUGUGUGUGUGUGCGUGCGUGUGUGUUCGUGUGUUGUGUCUGCUGCAGUGUUGGAGAAAGCGAGACGGACGAUUGCGAGGGAGUCGAGCUUUGCGAAAAUUUGCCAGCCUAUUUUCAAUUUUCUGCACCAAAUUGCCGUCUUAUCGGCCAGCAAGCCAUUGGAUCUGAUUGAAAUGAGCGUGCGGCUCGAUUUCUUUACGCAAAUCCGCUGAUAAAGCAAAAGACAUAACUGCACUAGUGGAGCCGAAAAAAGAGAAACACCUAAUCAAAGGAAAUUAAAUAACAAGGCGGCGGCAACAACACUUACAUAAAUUAACUCGCAACGCAACAACACUAAUAACAAUAGCUUAUCACACAGCAACAAAAACAUCAUCAUCAGCAGCAGCAGCAACAAAAACAGCAGCAACAACUGACCAGCAGCCAGCAAGAACAACAGUUUAUCUCAGAUACUUAGCCGGCUGCACUAGUGCGAGCGAGAGGGCCGUAGUUGGGGCGAAAGAGAGAGUGCGCUCCCGAGAGAGAGUGCGAAAGAAAGAAAGAGAGAGAGUGAGGGCGCGCAGGGAGUGUGCUCCUGUGUGUGUGUGAGUGUGGGAGCAGGCAGCAGAAAAAAAGAAAACAAAAGUAUAUUUUGCAUUGUUCGACGCGCCUAACUGUAAAUAUAAAAGCACUUGCAAAAACAAGGAAAAACACAGAAAAACAGCGAAAAAACGACGAAAAAUGGCACGCGGCUUCGAUCAUCUGUUCAAGUUGCUAAUAAUCGGCGAUAGCGGCGUGGGCAAGUCGUCGCUGCUCAUCCGGUUCUCGGACGACACAUUCUCGGGCAGUUACAUCACCACCAUCGGCGUGGACUUCAAGAUCCGCACCGUGGACAUCGAGGGCAUGCGCGUGAAGCUGCAGAUCUGGGACACGGCCGGACAGGAGCGCUUCCGGACGAUCACCAGCACCUACUACCGCGGCACCCACGGCGUCAUCGUCGUCUACGACGUGACGAACGGCGACUCCUUUGCGAACGUUCGCCGCUGGCUGGAAGAGAUCCAGAACAACUGCGACGUGGUCAAAAAAGUAUUAGUGGGUAACAAGAACGAUGAUCCGGACAGGAAGGUGGUCAUAACCGAGGAUGCGCAGCGGUUCGCAAAACAAAUGGACAUCGAGCUGUUCGAGACUUCCGCCAAAGACAACAUAAACGUGGAGAACAUGUUCUUGUCGAUCACGCGGCAGGUGCUCGACCACAAGCUGCGCACCUCCCCCAACGAGCAGCAGAAGGACACGCUCCACCUGAAGCCCAAUCCCAAGGGCAGCAAGGGUGGGAAGUGCUGCAGGUGAAAGCGGCUCCGGCACGGGAGCUGGCAUUGCAACUGGACCGACGGCGACGGCUGCGGCGGCGGCGGCGGGACGGGGAUUGGAGCCGGAAUUAGGACCAGGACCUGGAUCAACUCUGGGGGCGGACGGAAUCGUUGUGGGGGCGCGUAGUUUGUAGGGUUCUUGGCGUACGAUGCGGCAUACACACUCACUCACAUAGACAUAGCUAACACCACCAAACAACCAACAACAAGAAACCAGAAACCACAAACAACACAAGACAACAACACUCACACCCACUAGAGACAACAAUUUUUUUUGUUUUGUUUUUUUUUCCUCCUGAGUUUUAUUCGGAAUAAUGCCAGAUAGCCGUAAAUUAAAGUGUAAAAGUGUAAAGCGCAAUUAAAUGUAUUUAGCAAUUUAUAUACAUAUUAAUAUAUACAUAAACAAAAUUGAAACAAAUCGCAUAUUUAUAUACAAGAAUAUAUUUAUAUUUCAAACGGAAAAUUGUAUUUACAAUAACUAGAGCGACAGCAGGAACAGGCACGAGCCCGAAAACUAAGAUACGAAACACAUUUAUAUAAAUAUAUACAUAUAUGUAUGUAGGGAGAUAAUAACACAUACAAUUUUUGGCUUCCGAUCGCGACUCUUUACCCCAUACUCCCAUAGUUUUAUACUCAAAAAACGAAAGCUCUGAUUUGCCGACUUUAUCUCUCAAAAGUCCCUCAUCAAGCGAAACUGAAUCUCAAUUUAAUUUGUGCGGUGUAAUGCUUUUAAACAUUUCGUUGCUUCCGGAAACUGCCUUACUUGUUAAGAUUUCAUUUGAUACUAGCCGACAUUCCGUGAUUGCAAUAAGUGGAUAAACUAAACAACAUCAUUUCAUUUGGCUUCAUAUCGCUAGCUUACGAUGAAAAACGUAAAAGUGUCAGUGGAUAAGACUUCCAAUGGAUGUUUUCUCGAAAAAAUAACUCUAGUUAGAGUUUGUAUUUAACCGAAAACGGGAAUCCAAUACUCCAAUUUUCCGAUAUAUGUACCAUCAGAAAGAAUAAAGAUUGAUCUUUACAAAAA